GUCAAUCAGUAAAGUCAAAUCAAUCAUGUCAAUCGACAAUCACUAGAUUCUGACAAAAUCACUACAAAAUCGGAUACUUUUUAAUUUCUAAUAUUUUACUUCGUGCCGUGUAUUAUAAAUAGCUUUAUUUACGUAAUACGUAACGCUGCUGCUAUUUAGAAUAUUUUGACACAAAUAAAAUAUACUGCAAGUCUAUGAUAAUUUCAAAGUUUCAAUAAGUGGAUGGGUGUUCAAUAUUUGUGUCAUGCCUACAAAAUUGUCUAACUUUGCUGAUGAUGAAAAAUGAAGGGUGUCGAUAAAUCACCAACUGAUCGAGAAGGAAUGACACAUAAACCUUUAAUAACAUGUGCGGGAGACUGGAAUUUAUUUUGUACAUUGGAAGCACCUCUUGUAGCAGCCAUACCGCAAGAUUCUUGUGAGUGGAGGCGGUCCUAUGGAAGACCACCAAAGUCAGUUUACCUGGAAGCAUCAUUUGUGAAAUAUAAUAAAGACAAAGUUCAGGCAGAACUGAACCUAUUAAAACGCCCCAUAUUUCAUAUAUAUUGGACAGACUGUGCUGAUGUGGAAUAUUAUAAAACAACACUGAGGGAAGAUGUAGAAUCAUGGUUCAAACAAUUAGAAAAAAAUGGAAUUACGGAUUGGAUGGUGGUUUUAGUUGAAACAUAUGAUAUUCGAAAGACAAAUAAGCUACUUCCAAGGACUACAGUUUUAGACAAAAUAAAAGGUGAAUUUGCUAUGAAACAAACUGAAGACCGAUUUUUAUCUGUUAUUAAUCCGAUCAAGUCUGAAGCCCGAAGUGCAGAGUCAUGGCGGGCAUUGGUUGCAAAAAUCAGGCACUUUGUACUUGUUGCUUAUAACAAAGCGCUUAUAAAAUUUGAAGAACAUAUGAGAGAACAGAGGGAGAAGCGAAAUGAUCCAGAGUGGGAUUUUUGUAAAUACUUUAUAUUACAGGAACAACUAGCAUUUGUAUUAGAAAUGCUAGGUUUGUAUGAAGAAGCAUUGGUCCAGUAUGAUGAGUUAGAUGCCCUUUUCUCUCAAUUUGUACUCAAUUCAAAUGUAACGGAGAGUCCGAAAUGGCUGGACACAUUCAGACAGCCAGUAACGUCAUGGCAGGCAGUGAGACUAACAGCGUUGGUACCGCAACAUCUAAGAGACCUAAUAAUAAAGAAGAAGGCGUCUCUUUUAGAUUUCAGGAGUUAUCUCUUUCAACGUCAAAGUGCCAUGUUAUUACUUAUGUUUAAACCAUGGGAGAUCGCGUCACGAUGUCUCAGCACCGUCCACAAUACAUUGGUUGAGAUGGAUCUGCUGGGGGCCACAGCGGUGGAAGGCGCCGCGGCUUGCUGGGCGCAGUUGGCCUGCGCGGAGACUUUAAGAGCGUGCGAGAGACUCGCCUCCACGAAUAACGCGAUAGAAAUGUGUACGGCCACGCAAGCGCCAUUACUCCACAACGCCAAAGAUAAGCUUCACGAAUUGGGUAAGCUCUGUGGCUUACUACCAGGCUCGCCGGAGCCGAGUUCAGAACAACUCCACCUAGUGGUUAUGCUGUCAGCUGGUAUGGGAGACAGCGAGAACAACAAUCAACAUCCGACGCCGACUGACAGGCUGAAGGAAGCGCUGUGCAGUAAAACUAGCUUCCAGCAGUACUAUCUGGAGUUGGCUGAACUCGCUAUGGGAACGUAUAAACACAUCGGCAGGUUAAGAUUUGCUCGCCUCAUCGGUCGGGACUUGGCUUCGUUCUACUCGGAGUUAGGCGAAACUGGUAAAGCAGUUGUGUUCCUAAUGGACGCACUGCGUUCAUAUGAGGAACAAGGAUGGAGAGAUCUUGCGGCCCAGACGAGGUUAGAAUUAGUUGCGGCGGCGAAGAAGAUGGGAGACGCGGACCGAUACACAAAGCUCUCUGCUACUAUAUCGUGUACAUCCGAAUUAGAAAUCCUAGUCAGAAACUUCUAUUUCGAGGAGAUGACCAAAUCCAUUAACGUGGAUCUUAGAGAUAAAACUGACUCAGUGCUCGCCGAGCUCAACGAAUGCUUCAAAAUAAUCUCAGCCACUCUCGUGCCAUCCGACCGUGGACUUUAUAUCACCGAGAAUAAGGUUCAAUGUUGCUUGCUAGUCGAAAGCUUCUUCCCCAAAGAAGUGACCUGCAAUAGAGCGGCCAUCAGCAUAGAAACCUGCAAAGAAGACAUACAAGAGAAAAAGACACCGGUCAAAAGCUAUAAGACUGAUUUAAAUGUUAAUGGUAGUGUAAGUACGCAGACUAACUUGCAAAGGAAAACUUCUGACGUGUCUGCGGAUAGUGAAGUUUCUAAUUUAAUUAGCAGCAUAAGAUUAGACGACUUAAAACCUAAGAAUCCUUUACUAAAUCCUCUACAAAUAACAUCAAAGCUACUUUACAAAGAAGACAAAAGUCUACAGAAGGCAACGAUAGAGUGCCACAACCCAAAAGUGACUUUAAAGCGUUCUGACAGCACCAAAUACAGGAAACCAUCUGCUUCUAUGCGGAACAACUAUGAAACGUGCUUUAAGCAAGAAAACGUGGUUUUGAAACCUGGUUUGAAUGAGCUAAUGCUUGAGUAUAUGCCUGAUAAGUGCGGUACUUUUAAAAUAGGCCAAGUUUCUUUGCUCGUUGAAGGGAAAUUGGAGUUUCUAUCGAACGUUUUAAUCGGUAAUAAAGUGGGUUUCGAUGUGGUCACUCAAGGUGUUAGUGUUUACUUGAAUAAAGUUGAGCCGAAGAAGGAUUUGGUUGCUGGUUUGGAACAUGCAAUGGAACUCGUCGUUACUAGUGGCAGCUCGCAGAUAAAAGAGAACACGUCGAUAGUCCUCAAAACUUCAGCAGGCUUGCUCAUACGUUUCGCUGAGGAUUUUCAUAUGACACGCGAAUUAACUAUACCGGUGCCGCCGAGCAAACCCUUUGAAACUACUAAAGUGCCGUUGAAGCUUUUCGCCAGUUUACAACCCAAGAGGGAGAAGAGUAUAGAGCAUACUGUAUGGCUAAACUGCCCAUGGUGGGAGAACGCUACAGAAGUGCCCUUACACUUCUCGCCUCCCAUGUUGGCGUCGUGGCGACUGCUCACAUCGAACACUAGGAAGUUUGUUCACGUCACUUUGAAAUGUACAGUGGCCCAUCUCAUACAGUUCGCGUUGACAGAACCAAAGUUGGAGUGCGACGGGAACAAUAAUGUGUCGGAUUUGAACCCAAAGAGCGCCGGCGAUAUGAUCGUCGCCUCCGACGGUACAACAGCAUCAUUCAUGUGGGAACUCCUUAAGGAUCCUUUAGUUCAAGGCGAUCCUAUGAAAGCUACGUUCACCGUCCAAUACAGGCCGCUGCAUAUAGAAGAACCUUCUAGAACGUUCUCGUGCCCGUUCGACAUACAGGACUAUACGACGCUGUUCGUGGUCAAAACUAAACUGGAGCCGAGCAAAGGAUCAGACUUUUGUAGGGCUUCGCAAGUGUGCUGUUUGCAGCUAAGUGUACAGAGGGUAAACGAAACAGAGUACACUUCUUUGAUGUACGAAGUGUUGGCUGAUCAGACGAUGUGGGCGGUUCUUGGUCGGACCGCAGGAGUAAUAACUAUGGAAUGCAGCAGCACAGAGCCGCAGUCAGUUAGUCUGGACGUCAUGCCGCUAGUUGCUGGAUACUUACCUUUACCCACCGUACGACUCUCUAAGUACAUACCUGCUAAUACUAAAGAUCCAAAGAAGGAUAUCUCAGCUCAUCCACGAUUGGAACCCUUCAGUCCAGGUCAGGUAUAUCACGCGGGAAAGGCAAAACAAGUGCAUGUGCUGCCAUCUAUGCCAAAAGAACAUUUGGAACCCCCUGUAUAACACCCUUAAAUAGGGAUGAUGACGGGGAAAAUGAAAGUAAAUUCUAAUUUAGGUUGUCAGUUAGAUUAUUAAAAAAGAAUGGAAACGUUUUUUUUAUUUUGUCAAUCAACCAAAAAAUUACUAAGAUAAAGCGCGUAAAAGUUUGGGAGUGUAAAUAAAAAUUUUACCAACACAUGACGUCAUACGACAUUUCAAAUCAAUUCAACUCUGUCAUGUUUUGAUUAUGUGUAU